CCAGGAGCUGAUGGAACGUAUCCUGGAGGUAUCCGUCCUGGAACUGUGACACCAGAAGCUGACGGGAGAUAUCCUGGAGGUGUCCGUCCUGGAACUGUGACACCAGGAACUGACGGGAAGUAUCCUGGUGGUAUUCAACCUGGUACUGUGAUACCAGGGACUGACGGGACAUAUCCUGGUGGUAUUCAACCUGGUACUGUGAUACCAGGAGGUGAUAGAACAUAUCCACCUGGAACUAUAAUCACAGGAGAUCGUGGACCAUAUCCCAUCCAGCCUGGAGGAGUCUUACCUGGUGGUGUUGGGACGUACCCAGGUAUGCAACCUGGAGUCCAACCGGGACAAGGUAUCUAUCCUCCUGGUGGCAUCGUAACUACUUCGGUAGCAACAGGUUCCACUACUGUCACUGGUGUUGGAACUUACCCAGUUGGUACCGCACCUGGAACAGGCUUACCAAGUGGGACAUAUCCGGGAAUUCCUGGUACAGGAACUUAUCCCGGAACUGGAGUCUAUCCUGGUGGUGUUCGACCUGGUAUUCCAGGAACAAGUGUCGGGACAUAUCCUGGCAGUGUUGUCCCAGGAGGAACAACAACUCAAGGAGUUUAUCCUAGUGGUGGACAACAGACUGUUAUAUCCUAUCCCCAAGGUAUUCCAUCAGGCACUUUACCUAGUGGAAGUCAAGUUCCUGGUACGACUGCAGAUUCAACAUCUGGCACUGGUACACAAGUAAUAACUUAUCCAGGUGGUCAACCAACAAAUGGUCAAGUGGUUUACCCAGGUUCUAGUGGUACUAUUCAACCUGGCAAAAUUCCUGAUACAACAGGCAGUGUAACGGGUACUCAAGUUACGUAUCCAAGCGUUACAUACCCUGGAACUAUUCCAGGUACAUAUCCUGGUGGUGCACAACAAAUUACUCCUCCCGGUGGUACCUUAUAUCCUGGUCAAGUAAUCUACCCAGGUGGCCAAGUGCCAACUUAUCCAGGUGGACAAUAUCCAGGCACGGGUAUCGGAAUUCCAGGAACAGGAGGUGUUCAGUAUCCACCAGGCACAACAGGAGGGACUGGUGUCACUGGGCAGUAUCCUGGUCAGCUUCCAGGCGGAAUCAGUGUUCAGGGAGGAGAUGGUCAUCGAUAUCCAGGAAAUGGUUAUCCGGGAAUGGUUGGAACUGCAGGUCCCGGUGAAGCUUCGCAAUACAUACAAACUGGCGGACCAACUAGACCGGCGGGUGUGGCGGAUGACGGUGCCGAGUCACAGGCGUCGAGUUCCGUACAACAGCAGGCAGACUCAGGCACUCAAGCAAGCGCAUCGGCUCAGGGUAAAUACGGAUCGGGCACAGCUCAGUCGCAAGUCACAGGUACCUACAGCGGUUCCGGCACCUUCUCGGCCCAGGCUGGCACCAGCGACGCCAACAAAAGUGCUCAAGCCGAGGUCAGUGGCGGUAAAGAAGGAGCUACCAGCAAUGCACAAGGCGUCGCCGGUUACGGAAAGAGUCAGACGCAGGUUCAACUGGAUUCCGACUCCGGAGCUACCUCGACGGGUGCUCAGAGCAGCGGCUGGAACCAUGGUACCAAUUCGCAAGUGCAAGCAAGCUCCAAGGGCGGAAUGGCGGAUGCUCAGGCCAAUGGUGAAGGCAAUACUUCCAGCCAAGCGCAGAUCGGCUUCCAGCCGUACUUGAAGGACGACGAUGAAAAGGUGGAGAAGCAUGCGAGGCCAUUUCGCGGUAGCGGAACGGCGUCGGCUCAGAGUGGCACUCAUCGAGGUCAGUCCCAGUCGCAGCUGCAAGGUUCCUUCCAAUAUGGGAUCACGUACAACGGCGCAGCGCAAGCCGGUUCCGGAUCCGGCGCCGCAUCUUCGCGGAAGCCUUUCAACUUCACCGACACCGAACUCUUCAAGCCCUUCAAACAGUCUCCUCCUUUGAAGCGACCGACGAAUGUUGACAGCGCAGCACAAUCGAGUCCGUCGACAAGUUCGAAUUACGACAACAAACCGGACGAAAACAAGCAGAAUCGCGAGCAAGGUUUGCAAAGCAGUUCAACCUCGAGGCAGACCGUCGUCCUGGCUUCCAAGAACAAUCUGGACGACGCUGCCGACAAGAAGGUGCUAGCUACCGAGAAACCGCGAACGGACGACACGACGUACGACGAAUAUGACGACGACUAUGCGGAUGAAGAUGAUUAUCCUACGACAGCGGGUUCGAGGUUGACAAUCAAAGAGAAGUUCUCGGGAACUUUUCCGAGUCCGAGCCCGAAUCAUCAGAAACUCGAUAAGACCUUUCAGCAGCAAAGUCGCAGUCAGUCGCAGAUGAUACAGGUCGCUAAGGGGAAUCAAUACAACGUUCACGUUAGCCAAGACUCAAACGUCCCGCGAACGGGUGAUACUCUGCAACCGGGACAAUCCGUGUCAGGAUACACCAUCCCGCCUGGUUUCCGUGGCCGAGUGAUGUCGACCUCCGGCACAGAGACCGUUGCUCAAGGCGACGGCAAGUCCCAGUCGCAGACUGUAUCUUUGGUACCAAAGGACUUCAACAAUACCAGGUCACCGCCCACGGAGACUAGAUCGCUUCAGACAAAUUACGAGCGUUACGUCGGCCGACAUACGUCGAAGAGCCAAGGAUCUCCCGUUAAUCAAAACACAUCUUCCGAUAAGCACACGAGACCUACUCCGGCGAUAGCGGCGAAGCCGAGUUAUUACACCGUGACCAACAGUUUCGCUGGCAAGAUGAACGGCAACAAUGAACCGAGAAAGUACGAGCAUCGAUAUUACACAAAAAGUUCCACCUGUGGCUAUUUCACGUUCUCCUGCAACGUCGUGUACGGUUCCAACGGUAGGACAAAAAUCUGCAAGCCGAAAGUGCCGACGUAUCCCGAUGGCAGGCCUAUGAGGUGUUGAAUCAUCAAAAUAUAUAUUGGAUGCAACGACAAUUAUUUCUCUAAAGCAUCCUGCAUUUUUCACUUCGUUGUAUAGUACAGUGGAAUUUACGUGACUCGCUUAGGUCGUAGAUUAGGUCGUAUUUGACUAAUUGCUUUCGUGCGCGUCGACAUUGUAACUUACUCUAUCAUGAAUUCGAGUAGUACAUUUCCCUCUUCAGCAGCUUUCAACAAGUAAAAUAAAUGUAGAAGUAAAACAAAUACAAUAAAAAACUU